AUGGUCGAGUCGGCCCGCUACGAGGCAUGGAAGAGCCUCGGAGAAAAGUGCAUUCAUAGUGCAAAGUUCGACUGCGCGGAACGACAGGUACUCCGGCAGUCUCUUCCUGAUAAUAUCCGGAAACUCUCCAAAAGGCUUCACACGCAUCUGCAUCGCAUCUACGAUUCUGAGAACUACAAGACUCCCAUCAUCUGGCUCUCCGAUGAUUCGAGCUCAAGAACAUCCGCCGCAGCGCAUAUGCUUGCACAGGAGCUCCACGAUAAUAGCGCGCUCGCCGCAACUUUCUUUUUCUCCAGAAAAGAACCUCUCCGUAACACCGCCGAUCAUGUCAUCCCCACAAUCUCUUAUCAACUUGGCCUCCUUCAUCAUCGCGCGAAGGACGUUAUUACCAAGGCAAUCAUCGAUAAUCCCCAGCUCCUCAAGCGCGAUGAAUCUCGGAACGUGCAGUUCACCCACCUUGUUCUCAGGCCGCUUCAAGUCCUGAAGAAUAUCUGGAAGGAGUCGGGCAACGCCAUGUUUAUGGUCUUUGGUGCAAUUGAUGAAUGUGACCCCGGCGAGUACGAUUCUCAUGUCAGACAGCUUCUUGACGAUCUUGUCGGUGCCCUUCAGCAGAGUAGCACCGCCGACUUUCAAAUCAUAUUUACCAGCCGCCGCGAACUGUACAUCCAGAAGAUCAUGGCCGAAUAUCCCCUCGUUCUGCCGCUGAAGCUAGAAGUUUUCGAUGUCGAGAAUACGGGCAAGCACUAA